UCCAUCUAAACUACAAACCGGGUACAAGAACAACACAGGAGUAAAAUGCUACUGACCAAACGUUUCACAGCCCCGGCAGCUGUGUGGUUAUUUUAGACACCAAGCUUCAACGUUAGAGGCGUUCCUGAACAAAUAUUGCUGGGCUUAAUAUUUGUUUAACUUUCUGUAAUAUUUACUGUUAGGUAGGCUACUUUUCACGUUCGCCGGAUUCAUUCCUCCGUGUGGCAACAUUAGCGGGCAGGAGUCUAAAAGAAACGAGUUUAAAUCCUCUAUAUCAUCAAUUCUGAUCGCUUCUCACUCCAACCAGCUGGGCCGUGCCUUUCAGACAAAUGGCUGCUAAUCCACCGGGACAAGCCUUCCCAAAUAAAGCACGGGUGGCAAUCCUAGCAGAGCUGGAGAAGGAGAAGAGGCGUCUCAGAGAGAAUCACUCCAUGAAUGUUCCAGGAGCCAGCAUCCCGCUGUCGAGACCAAACGUGAAAGAGUUCAGAGACAGCGCGGAGCUGCAACACAUCGCUACUCAGCAGAGAGCUGCUUUGCAGCAUGCUCAUGCACAUUCUUCAGGCUUCUUCAUCACUCAGGACUCCUCGUUCGGGAACCUCAUCCUCCCUGUCAUUCCCCGCUUGGAGCCACAGUCGUGACCUUUGACCUCCUGGUCUCCUCUCCUGCGGGACUUCUGAAACAAAAUGAAAGUGCUAUCGUUCCUUCUGUUUUUAAUUAGGUCUAGGGUAAUGAGACUUAAUUAUGUCAUCUUAUUAAAAUAAAUCCAUUGAGAGUCUUAAUCUGUCACUAAUAUUCUUCUCACUGGAAAACAAAAAGCAGGAGCCAAUUUAUAUCAUCCUGCAAUUAAUCCACCCUUUGUUUUUACUUUUGUAAAUUCUGCAGUUUAAUUUUGUAACUUUAUAUUAAACAUCAGAAAGUAAUUAGGUGCUAAUGCUCUAUCCGUACUUUUUCUAUUAUUGUUCCCUAAUUAGAAAUUCAAAAAAUGUUCCCAGUUGGAGAAAGUUAAUGAAAGCCUCAUUACCAGAAACUGGUUAAUUUAACCAAACAAAACGGGUUGAAUGAGAAACCUUAGCCUAAAAAAGUAAAGAAAACAGAACAAAAUGGUAUUACAUAGACUAUAAUUAUGAAGCCAGUAAUGUGAUGGAGGGUUUAUGGCGCAACAUGGAUAAACUAACUGGAACACCUGGGAUUAAGUUCCUAAGAAUCCCAAACAUUAAAAUCCAAUAUGGCUGCACGUUCUAAAAUAAACACUGUGAUAGCUGCAGAAGUAAAUUAUUUGUAGGUUUGAAGGUGUUAUAUCUAAAUAAAUCAGAUUACUUUAUAUAUCUUAUUGAGAAAAUGAGCAAAUCUCACUGGUUUUUCAACUUUUAACCAGAACACAAUUAUGUAGGAGGUGAUGUCAUUCCCAGAGUAGACUUCUGAGGUAAACAGGUUGUUUUCUUAAUUGGUGGGUAAAUUAUGUGAUACUUUAGUGUUUGCAUAUGCAGUAUGAGUCAUUGGUCAUUGUUGGAUUCAUUAUUUGGGAAUUUUGCGUAUAGGGACAAUAAAUGUAAAUCCUAUUUGUGCUCAGAAGUGAUGAAAACAAUUGGAUAUUUGUUCUUUAGGGGUGCUUUUAAGAGUGUUUUAGAACUUUAAUCAUAUGUUAUCUUAUUAAAACAUGUUACAUAUUUUAA